GUAAACUCGAAUUGUCUUUGCUGGGAAAAUACGCACCCGCUCAUUCCUGCUGCUGUAGAGCAUUCUCCUUGACUGCCCCGAGGGAAAAUGUCACAUUACAAGUGCAUCUGUCAGUUGUGCACAUGCGGGCGACACCAUUGCCCCCAACCUUCAAGGCCAAAGAAUGACAUAAUGUCAAGGACUGAGCCAGUCUCUAAAAUGGGCUCCACAGAAUACAAGACGGUAUUUCUCACUCAUUCCAAUGCUAAACCUCCAGACUCCUACAAGCCUGCAUUGAAAGCUCUUUCUCGUGAUGUUCCAAUGACAGCUGACACUACAAACAAACUUGACUACAUCAAGCAUCCUGUAUCAAUGCCAAUGCAGCGACCUCCUGCUGUGUACAAGAAACCUGAUGGCUCAAUGGCAAAUGAAAGCGAAUACAAGAAGGAGUAUAGGAGCAAGACUCCAGAGCCUGCUAAACCUAUACUACCCCCUGCAUCUCACAUGAGGUCUGUAAGCCAGCCCUUUCAAGGACAAUCAACUCAAGCAAGGGAUUAUGUUGCUUUUACUCUCCCACCUCGAGAGUUUUAUGGUGAGAAGAGGGUUUAUGCUCCUCCGACUGAGCCUUUUGCUAAAACGACCACAAUCAAAAGUGAUUACAAUGUAAAGUUCCUCCCUGAGCCAACAAAGAGUAUGAGGCCUCCACAAAAUGCAAAGAUAUCCCGCGAUCCAUUUGAGGGGAGCACAUGCCACAGGAGCGAUUUCCGUAUCUUUCCGAUCCCAGAGAAGUUCCACAAAUCAAAAAUUGCUUACCAGCCACCCCAAGAACCUUUCAGUGGUGUAACAACAUUUUCUACCGAUUUCCCAGGACACAAGGGAAUCAAACCAGUGGGCAGCAUGAGGCCACCUGUUGCUACUAAGAGUGCUGAUGCACCUUUUGAGUCACUGACUACCAGCAGACAAAGCUAUCGUAAAUGGGAGCUCCCUACUCGAUUCUCACGUCCUCCAACUAUCUACCAGCCUCCAACAGAAAAAUUUGAUGGGCUCACGUCUUUUACCAAAGAUUUCAUCAAUCACGGUCCACCCGAACCAGUCACAAACUACAAGCCAAGACAGCAAGCCAUACAUUAUGAGAGGCCAAUGGAGCACGACACGAUCCAUCAUUUGGACUACAAGGCAUGGGACGUAACCAACAAGCAGCAGCCAAUAAGACAAGAGCGUCCUUACGAGCCUCCAGCCGAGAGAUUUGAGGGAUGUUCUACUACAAGCAAGUCCUAUCGUGGGGUUUAUGCACCUCCUGCAGCUUCAAUGAAGCCACCAUUGAAGCCAUACACAAGAGAAGAGACGUUUGGAGGACUAACAACUUAUAAGGAUUGCUAUUCAGCCAGCAGACUCAGCCAGCGCUGUAUUGGAGGAGAUCCUACUCAACCAAACAUCCCCGGGUACACUUUUUCUCAUGAAGACUCAAGAACUGGGCACAAGUUUUAUCAUCUAGCUCCCCCUGCUCCUCCUUCUCCUCCUCAAGCAGAAACAGCAGCACCUCCUGCUCCCAUCCCAGACACUGAAUAAAGAUAAUAAGAAUAGUACUGUAUGAUAACUAGCAGCUUGUUUUAUAAGACUAUUUUAAUUUAUUUUUGAUUUAUUAGUUGUUGCUGUAGAACAGUCUGAGUUUCCUAAUAAUAAUUUAUUAUUCUAAAAAAAUAAUUAUUUUUAAUUUAAAUUCAAUAAGUAAACGCCACAUCAA